AUCAUUUGGGGGCUCUUCUUUAAACAGUCUCACCAGUAAUGAGAAUGCAAUUGUGGCGAAGCAGCCUCUGGGACCUUGCAUGCCAGAUGGAACAAGAGGAUUCGCGAUGGGUUGUGGGAAGCAAGUCUCAGUUAAGUACCACAUGACCACGUCAUGUGAUAUCAUCAUCUCUGUGUGUUUGUCUUCAACUGAUAGAUAUCACUCUCUUGGAAGUACUUCUUUGGAUUAACUGUGCACCUUAGAAAUUUACAUGCUUUUACUCCUGCGUCUUUGCUGUCAUUUAAUGAAUGCGAGCAUUGUGAUAGGUUACAUAAGCACAUCAAAAAACGAUGGUCGUGGAUGUUUAACAUUGAGAUGUCCUAAUCCAUCUUGUGGUUCUGCAGUUGGUCAAGACAUGAUAAAUCUAUUAGCGCCUGAAGAAGAUAAGAAAAAGUAUUCUCAAUAUCUUCUUCACUCGUACAUUGAAGACAAUAGAAAGACCAAGUGGUGUCCUACCCCUGGUUGUGAAUACGCUGUAGAAUAUUUUGCAGGCCGUGAAGGUUACGAUGUUUCCUGCCAAUGCUCUUUCAACUUUUGCUGGAAUUGUACAGAGGACCGUUCAAUAGAAUGUGGCACUGUGGCACAGUGGAUCAUGAAGAAUAGUGCUGAAUCUGAAAAUAUGAACUGGUACAGAUAACUUUAAGCAUGUAGAAUUUGCCAUCAUUUGGGUUCUAUGACAAUGGUGUACAACGGAUUGUGUGGUCUUUCCUCUUUCAAGAAACAAGACUGUUUUAUGUGACUUACUUACUAGGUUGGACAUAGAUAGUCCUAUUUGGGCAUGCUUUUAUCAGCAGUAUGAGAUAUUUGAUGGCCUAAAGGGCUAUCAUAUAUGGUGUAACCUUUGGACCUUCUAAAA